AGACGGAGGGGGUGGGGGCGGGGGGGGCGGCGGCGAUGUUCGAGGACGCGUGUUGGUUGCGCGCGCGAGAGUUGCGAACGCGCGCGGACGCGCGCGGGCGAAGCGCGCCGACGCGGGCGAACGAGGAGAUCGAGGCGGCGGAAGCGCUCGAACGCGAGGCGCACUCGUGGUCGCUGAUAUACCAUCUCUUGGGAGACGGCGCGACGGUGGAGCGAGAGAGCGCUGGGCGGGAGAUUGAGAUUUUGAGCGCGACGCCGAGAGAGGAGGGCGGAGCGCGCGGUGACUUUUUACCCCCGCCAUUGCGAAGUCGCGUGAGAUGCGCGUCGCGAGACGAGGACGGGGACCCGGUGACGUUUAGAUUGAAUAGAAUGAUCGCCUGGCUCGAGGCGAACGCGGCGUCGGCGCUUCGACGGGCGGAGCUGGAUGGGACGGCGUACGACGGCAGAUUUUUGCGAGACGAGUGCGAUUGGCGAACCACCGCGGAUGCGAUCGAUGCCUCGGCGAGAUGCGAUCCGGAUGGUAAUCCAUUGUCGACAUCACUCGAUCCGGAUGGGCCGAUGCGCACGAAGUCGGCGCUUCAUCCGUCCAACGCGGACGCCGAGGUUCGAUUGUGCAAGCGUCUGUGGAAGCUCGUUCGCGCGGGUCGCGUGCAGGAGGCGCGUGAUUUAUGUUCCAAGGUUGGCCAGCACUGGCGCGCGGCGUCUCUCGGUGGUGCCUCGGGCUGGGGACCCGCCCCGGUUGGACUCACCGCGGACGAAGAGCUCGAGCGGGACAUUCGCCAACUCUUGGCACUUCGCGAUCGAGACGCGCUCGAGGCACAAAACGAAGUCGACCUGAACGAUGACGCGUGCGCGGCGGAGUGUGACGGCGUGGGGGCGUCGCAUCGCGCGCUGUGGAAGUGGACGUGCAUGGUGGCGGCGCGACACAUCGAAAAGUCGGGCAAGAACGCGGGUUCACAGGCGGCCAAGUACGAGGCAAGCGUGUACGGAGCUUUGUGCGGGGAUUUACAAACCGUCCUCGCCGUAUGCGAGGGCGACUGGGAAUCCACGGCUUGGGCAUACGCGCGCGCGUUGUUCGAUCUUCGCGUCGACGCGGUGAUCAACACCGGUAAGGCGCUCGAUGAGGUCGCAAACUUUGAAGUAGGGCACGUCGUACGAGAUCCCACGGAGCUCGAAGAUGCGACGGACGAAGCGGUAGAACGCCUGGGGGAGCCUCGCUGGCCCACUCGCGACGUCAUCAACGCCACGCCAAAAUCAAUUGAAGAGAUACUCCUCGUGAGAAUGUCCGAGGCAUUUCCCGAGGCAGAUCCGCAUCGCACCGUGCAGACGCACCUCAUCCUCGGCAAGACAAAGGAGUUACUGCUCGAGCAUAUGUUGAAGUGGAUCUUUCCCGAGCAAGAGCUCGAACAGAACGACGAGCGUGCGAGCUUGAAACCGCUUGAUCCCGGUCUCACGCGCUUCGUCGCGCACGCGCUGCUCUUCUUAGAAUCCUUGUUAGAUGAGGGCGGCGGGUUGUCUCCAGGGGGCGAGCUCUAUUACCACUUGAACAAGGUGCUCAGUCUGUACGUUGUGCACUUGAUCGCGAACAAGAGGUACGCUUUGGUGCCGGCGUACGCGGUUCACUUGCGCCAUCCGCUUCUCAUUGAGGUGUACGCCAAUUUCUUGGAUCUCCUCGCUCCCGCGGUGAUCUCUCGCAAGACACUGUGCUACGCCGAGGCGUCUCUGUGGAUGGAGAUGGACGGCCCGGGUGGUUGGAGAGAGAUCAUCGCUCGAGCUUUAAACGACUCUGUGAGUCUUGAAAACGUUCAUCGAGGGCCAGAAUAUCGUCAAUUGAUGCUUCAGUGGGCGUGCGUGGCGACGGAGACCUACCCCGAAGCUGCGAGGCAAGCGUGCUUACUGCUUCGCCAGUUGAUGUGCCAGAGGACAUCCGUGAAUGUCUUCGCGAACGACGGAGCCGUGGACGGCGAGCUGAGGGCGCGCGCAAUUCUGCUCGAAGAACUUGCGGAGGGGGUUCAAGAGCAAGCAACGGCGAACGGCGCGGCGGGAUCCGCUGCGGAACUCGGCGACUGGGCGCGAUACCUCGCUGUGACAGAGGCUAUUUCCAACUGGCGACGAGUGUGGAGCGUAAACGAGUCGCAGCGCCUGGAAGUCUCCGCACAGAAUACGCGUCCGUAUCCACCAGAUACCAUGCAAGAGAUCACGGGUGAUGAACUGGAGUUGGCAAAUGCCGCCGUGGACGCCGCCCUCGCGUUGGUUCACUCCAACAAUUGGUUGGACGACGAAGCCUUGUACGAACCGGGCGACAUGAUGGGAGAGGCAAGCUCCGCUUCGCUUCGCGUCGUCGCGAUUCCCGUGAUCAAAUCAUUCGAGGGCGAACAAAUGACCACUUCUUGGGACGUCGAGGAAGUCGCCAGAGAUCUCGAGACGUUGAUCAGUUCGAAGUUCGCGCAGGGUGCGGUUUCCGUCAGCGCGACGAGAGGCAUUGAACGCGGCGAGUGCCCGAUGCGCGAAGAAGGCGAGCACGGUCAAAUCGUGGUCCAAAUAGCGUCCGAUGCCACUGAUGGCGGUGUCGCAAGUCUGUUCCAAGACAUCGCUCUCGCCAUGGCGGAUUGCGCCAAGGGUGACCUGCCCGGUCAAGAGUUCACGCUCGAUAUUCAGUCUGUCAACGGAAGCAGCGAGGCGUUGGUGCACACUUUCUGUCGAGCGAUUUGUAUCCCAUCCUUGAUGAUUCAAGCGGCUCAAGUCGAGGCGGCUAUGCGAACCGGAUCGACGCAAAUAAUCGAAACGACCGCUGAUCCAAAGCGGGGUGUCCACAAGUACUUCUCCGCGACGGAACUGCGUUGGUUGAUCGAAUUAGGGAGAGAAAUCGGAUUGACGAAUUUGGCAAAGGCUCACUAG